AAAUAUGAGAAGCAGAAAUAAAGACGUUAUGCGAAGAGCAAAUACGCAUCAGAUCAAUAAGGUCUCUCCUGAUGAUGAAAAACUUUUCUCGGCUGAUACAAUGGAGUUUGAUGAUGAUUUUGAUGAGUGGAAGACUGAAGAAUGACAUAAGGUUGGCGAUUUGAAAGCCCAUUUUACCGGAAAGAAAGCUAUCCUCCCAGUGCAUGCCUCAAAGCGAAGCAAAUGUAAUGCCAAGCACUCCACAAAUGCUUCUUCAGUUUAUAAUUUCCUCCCAGAUCCUCAAACUACCAAAUCAGUCGAGGGAAAAAGUAGCUAUAAUCCAUUUCGACAUACAAAAUUCAUAAUGAACCAACAGAAAGAGGAGCUUGAGGAACUUAUUGAUAAGCCAGUUGAAUUUCUUGAUGACGAACUUGUUGAAGAAGAUGAAUAUUACAUAGACGAGGAAAUCUCUGACACCCAACUUCAAGAUUUAUCUUUAGAAGAAAUAAAAAAGAGAGAAAUCAUAGAGUACCUUCUCAAAGACUCUUAUCCAGGAAGAGGAAACAGCAAAUCAAGUAGACGAUCAAGGAUUCCAGCUAAGCCAUUUCAAAAUAUGCAGCAGAGCAACUUUACCGCUUUCUCCAAACAAGCGAAAUGUAGCAAACAGCCAAGUCAAUUGCGGAAUAAACAAAACACCUCAAAUUAUGUACAGAGAGGCAAAAGAGAGCAUCAAAAAUCAAAGGAAAGAAACACCUCAAAAUCUUCCAAAAACUACAAGCAAAUCAUCGAACGGAUUAAUAGUAAUUUCAGACCACAGAUGAUUAAAUCAAAGUCUUCAAGGAACUUCCAUAAGGAUUCCAGAACUAAUGAGAGCAUCCACGACAGGCUCCACAAACAGAAAUGAGGGAAGCAGAGAGAGUUCAUCCUCAAAGUAGCCAACAAGAACAAGGAGAAAGAAGAGAAGGAACUGACCUUCCAGCCCAAGAAAAUAGCUAAAACUUCCUCUAGAACUCACAUUGGCUUUAAAAAAUCAUCGGUUUCUACCUACAAAGAGUGCUCUAAAACUACCAAUUUACAUGAGAGGUUAGCCCAAGAGAAGCUCAAACAGAAAGAUGAAGAAAUAGAAAGACUGAAGAAGGAGCUCCAAGACUACAAGAAUAAGCCUAAGAAAAGAAAGAGUGUUGACCCUUGCUCCAAGCUUAGACGAAGUAAGCAUCCCCUACACGUCAAAAGAAGUUCUAAAAGCCCUUCUUGAAGGAAGGUAGAGGAUCCAAAUCUAGCUAAUCUAAGUUUUCAACCUAAAAUUAAUUCAAAAUCUAAGAAGCUACUCAGAGAUCAAGAUGUAUGAAAUAUGCUAUACAAGGAUGCUCAACAAAGAAAAGAGAGGCAUCGGAGCAGAGUUGAUUCAGAAAUCUCCAAUAGUCGUAAAAGAGCUAAUUCAAAGCACAGAAGUCAAGAUAGAAAUGCGAACAAAUUCCUUAUCAAUAAUAUUCUAAAACGACUUAACGAAUCUUGCCGCAAGAAAGGAGUCACAGUCAAUAGGGCAAUUAGUUACCAUGAAAUGAUUAAAAUAUUUUACACUAUGGGAUAUAUUUGUGAUAACAUCACAGAAUAUGAAAAACUAUUGCUAGACAACAUGUUCCAAAGCAUCAAUAACUCUGAUAAUACUACUCUCUACAUCAAAAAUCUAUUUGCAUUUCUCCUCGCAAUCCAUGGGAUACCCACCAAGGAAAAGUUUGUGUUCUACGGAGCCAAUGAAGAACAAUACAGCACAUUAAAAGAAUGCACUAAGAUGGCUGAAGAGGACGAUUCCAUCAACAUCCAAUACGAUCAUGAACAAACAGUUGAGAAGAUGCAACCAUACGGAAUUCUUAGCAAAUAAUCAGAAUUUUCACUUCAAUUCUCUCAACGAAAUUCGAGAAGUUACGAGUCUCUACAAGAUAUUCCUGGAUAACUGAAAGCUUAGUGCCCCAUGUGCAUAUUUUGGAGGAACCUCAGCAGACUAUGAAAAAGAAAAAGCUGAGAAAUAUAGCUUUCACCCAAAGAUAAAUGACAAAUCACGAUCAAAAUCUCGAAGGAAUACCUCCUACGACAAGGAAAACGCUCUCGCUCAUGCUGAAGCAUUGCUCCAGAAAGGAAGAGGUUAUAAGGAUAAAAUAGAGAAGCUGAAAUAAAGAGAAAAUCAUCAAGGAAGUUGAAGGAUGCACCUUCGUCCCAACCACUAACUUGGCCAAAAACUCAAGAGUUAAAAGCAAAGUAUAUAACCCUAAAAAUGAACCCCUCAAGAUUAAUUAUGACACCGACUUUCAAGAAGAGUUAGGAUCUAGGGAAAACUCUCCUAACCAAAACUCAGAUGAUGUGUUGCUAUUUACUGACGCAGCUUCGAAAUAUAAAGAUGAAGGAAUAUUUCUGACAUGAUCUUCUCAGACCUCAGAAGAAAAGCCAAAUAAUAAAGACCAAGAUCAUAUAAGUUUAGGGAGAGAACAAGAUUAUCAAACUUUUGGAAAUACAACAGCUUCAUUAGCUGAGCCUAAUCCUUUGAAAAUACCUUCAGAAUCUCCUCCAAAACCUACUAAGACCGAAUUGUAUCAGACUAAUGGAUCUGAAGCCCCAAUUCUAUUCCUUGAUGUAAAUUUUGGCAAGGGAAAUGUAACUAGAAUAAUAAUGUACCAAAAUGAUACCCCAGAAGAGCUAGCAGCAGCAUUUUGUAAAGAACAUAAACUUGACAAACAAGAAAAGCUAACUGCCAUUAUUAGAAAGCAUCUUGAAAGCGUUUUAGAUAAAAUUGAAGAAAAGUCUUCUGAAGAGAGCCAUGACUAAUCUAGACCCUCGCCUUAAUUCAACAUGAAAGAGAGAACCUUUAGACUGCCAAUAAAUAGUCUCAAGCAUUAAGAGCUUCUCACUAC